AGGUUUCAGAUCAGAUGUGGAAAGAUGUUGGCUGUGGACACAGGAGUUGUGGAGGAGUGGUUAUCAGAGUUCAAGACCCUCCCAGAAGCUUCUAUCUCUAACUAUGCUACAAAUUUGAAAGACAAGAGUUCUCUGGUUUCAUCUUUAUACAAAGUUAUCCGGGAGCCACAGAGUGAGCUGCUAGAGCCAGUUUGCCACCAGCUUUUUGAGUUCUAUCGCAGUGGAGAACAACGACUACUACGAUUCACCCUGCAGUUUCUGCCAGAAUUGAUGUGGUGUUACUUGGCAGUCUCAGCCAGCAGAGAUCUGCAGAGCAGUGGCUGCAUAGAGGCUCUUCUCCUAGGAGUUUACAACUUGGAAAUAGUUGACAAACAGGGGCAUAGUAAAGUGCUGAGUUUCACAAUUCCAUCCUUGUCCAAACCUUCAGUGUAUCAUGAACCUUCCAGCAUUGGUUCCAUGGCUCUUACAGAGGGAGCUUUAUCCCAGCAUGGUUUGUCCAGAGUCGUGUACAGUGGACCUCAUCCUCAAAGAGAGAUGUUAACAGCACAAAACAGGUUUGAAGUGCUCACAUUCCUCCUGCUGUGUUAUAAUGCUGCCUUAAGCUACAUGCCUGCAGUUUCUCUUCAAUCAUUGUGUCAAAUUUGCUCAAGAAUCUGUGUCUGUGGAUAUCCUCGGCAACAAGUAAGAAAAUACAAAGGAGUAAAUAGCAGGAUUCCAGUUUCUUCUGAAUUCAUGGUGCAAAUGCUAACUGGGAUUUACUAUGCCUUUUAUAAUGGAGAAUGGGAUCUAGCUCGUAAAGCAAUGGAUGACAUUUUAUAUAGAGCUCAGCUGGAGUUGUAUCCAGAACCACUGCUGGUUGCUAAUGCAAUAAAGGCCUCACUGCCUCAAGGUGCCAUGAAAUCUAGUAAAGAAGGUACAAGAUGCAUUCAGGUUGAAAUUACCCCCACUUCAUCUAGAAUAUCAAGAAAUGCUGUGACUAGUAUGUCCAUCAGGGGGCAUAGGUGGAAGAGACAUGAUAAUACUGAUGUAGCAAUUCCAGAAGAACUGAUAGAAGUAUCUGAGGUUGAUGAAGGGUUUUACUCUAGAGCUACUUCUAGCACAAGCCAAUCUGCCUUAUCAAACAGCAACAACACCAGCAACAAGAUCCUUUUAGGGAAGAGCCAGCGAAGGUCUGGAGGAAGCAAAGUUGGGGGGAAAGAAAGAGAAGCUUCUGGGGAAUCCUGCAAAGAAGACUUUUCUCGAAAACAAACUCAAAGAGCCAUGAGUGAGAAUUUAGAUCUUCUAUCUUUAAAGAGACUGACAUUAACUACUAGUCAAUCCCUGCCUAAGCCUGGCAGUCAUAGUUUGGCUAGAACUACCACUACUGCUUUUAGUAAAUCAUUUGAGCAGGUCAGCGGUAUCACAGUUCCAAAUAACCGUAGUGGUGGAAAUGGUACUGAAGCAAAUAGGUUUUCAGCAUGUAGUCUUCAAGAGGAAAAAUUGAUAUCUGGAGCAGAAAGAAUAGAUCUUCCCAUUUCAAACAAACAAUCAAAUCAGCAGCGACCUCCUAGCAUCAGCAUAACACUGUCAACAGAUUGA